AAGCUAUCAAGCUUGAUGUUUGAAGCUAUCUGUUUAGUGAUGUUAUCUCACAAGUCCUCUAAUGGUACAGCCUUCGAAGCGUCUUCCUGAUCUAUUCAUUCUCUCAGUUGCAGACAUUGUUAAUCGUCCGGCGAAUUCCAGUGGUCUCGCAAGCAUAGACGUUGCGUCACUGUCCGAGCAUACGGGUGUGGCAGCAGGUCGAUGGAAGCAGUUGUUGGACGCGUACCACAGUCGUUCACAGGUCGGCCAGCACGGCAACGUGACGGCUGACGAGCGCGCUCUAGUUCUGUUGGCGUACAUGUCGCGACCCAACGAGAAGCUGGCAAUGCGGCGCCUCCUGGCGUGGCACGUCCUGCUCUACCUAGUGGGUCCGAAAGCGGAGCUCCUGGAGGCACUUUCUGGGACGCAGGGAGAUCCAAGUGCCAAUAACGACGACGUAUUGGCGGCGCAUCCAAGAGGAAGGUGCGCACGCAUGAUGACAAAAUUGGAUGGCGUCCGGUACCGAGCUCUCGACAUCUUGGAAGGUAACGGUGCCGUUCCCGUCGAGACCAUUGCUAAAGUGGCUAUAUUCAUGGCUCAGUUCCAGAGUGCCAUAGCGUUCGUCUACAACAGCUCGCAACAAAACGUGAGAUUCGCCUCACCGGCUUCCUCAACCACUCUUGCUGCUGCUGGCACUCCCAGUAAAGAAGUUGCGUUGUUCCCGAAGCUGACGUCCCGGAAUGGGGCACCCCGUGAGCUUUUCACAGCCGUGGAAGGUGCCAAGAAGGAGACCGGAGGUCCCAAAGAGGAAGAGGCGACUGAGGCCGGUCGCAGCUUCCCUCUUCUCUGGCUGCGACAUCUUCGAGCGUGGCACGCCCUACCACCCCUGGUGCAAGCCUUGCUUCCGGUCAUGGUCUCGCUGGACAAGGACCGACCAGCAUCCUUCUUUCGGCUUCCCUACUACGAUGCCGCUGCACUGCCGGCUUACAAUUUCGCUGGCCUUGGUCAGGUUAUAGCUCGGGCGUUUGUCCACCGCAACGAAGAGAUGUUGCGCCAUAAUCCAGCCAUGCGUGAACGCUGGAACCGUUUCUGGGGAGCAACCGGUGCCAUCAACCGUGGCGCCACUUACUGCCUCGUCACCGGUCGGAGACAGAAUGACACCUCCCGGCGAGAGACUCCGAACGGCACCAGAACUUCCGAGUGGGUGAUCCGGGACCAGGGCUCCACGUUGAAGUUGAGCUACCUGGCCUUCUUAAGAUCCCGUCGCGCGAACACCGGGUUGACAAAACCCAAGGAGCGGCUACCGGGAAUUCGUCUCUCUCGAGAGCAACUCUUCUUCACGAUGUAUUGCGCCCUGAGCUGCUCCAUGGGUGUUGGCCUCGACACCACCACCCGACUAAUGACAACCCGCCAGAAGAGAAACUGGUCUCUGUGA